AUGGGGAACACGCAGCCCGUCUCCGGCGUGCGCGUCCCGGCGUCGUAUCCCGUGCGCGAGCCGUCGCCGGUGGACGACGCGCGCGAGAACGACGACGACGACGACGACGCCGACGCGCGCGACGACGCCGACGAGGCGCGAGAGCGCGAGGAGAAAAGAGAAGCGAACGCCGCCGCCGCCGCCGCCGCGGACGACGCCGUCGCCUCGGACGUCGAGUCCGAGGACACCUCCGACACCGCGUCGUCGCCGCGGCAGUACGCCGAGAUCACCUCCUUCGACGCCGCGCAGGUCGACGUCGCGUUCGCACUCGUCUCUCUCCUCGCCCUCCUCCCUCUCCGCGCGUGCGUCCGCUCGGCUUCGUCGACGCUCGCGCUCGCGCUCGCGCUCGCGCUCGCGCUCGCGCGCUGUCGCUUCCGCGCGCGCGUCGCGUCGCUCUUCCCGAUCACCCCGGGAGACCGCGUCGACGGCGUCGGCGAGGACGCGCGCCCGACGCGCGCGCGCGUAGUCGCGAUCGUCCUCGAGGGCGCGCACGCGGUCGCGCGACUCGCGCUCGUCCUCCGCGUCGUCCUGGAGGAAGCCGCCGCGCAAGUCGCGACCAUCGACGGAUUCUCGUUGGACCUAAACGACGGCCACGCCGGGCGGUACACGAUGGCGCAGCACCGCUGGGGCGCGCUGCAGACGUUCGCGUGGUCGCUGACGUGCGCGGAGCGUAUCGUCUCGCACGUCGUCGUCGUCGUCGCGGCGGUCGCGUGGCGCGGCUCCGCGACGCUCGCGAGGCGCCGCGACGUCCUCGUCGACCGCGCGGAGGAUCUCGCGUUCGCGGCGUUCGUGGCGUCGCUCCUGCUCGCGGGCGGCCACGUGGUCGUCGUGCCGACGUGGGCGCAGCUGAUUGGCUCGCCGUCCGCGUACGUGGACGAGCACACCGGGAGGAAGGUGCCUCUGGAGCCGUUCGGCGCUUGGGGCUUUUCGGCGUUUGUCGUCGGCAAGGCGCUGCAGGCGAGCGCGUUGGCUCUGCUCCUGAGCGCGCGGCGCGCGGCGAAGACCGUCGCCGCGGAGGUCGCGCUGGAGGACGCCGCGCGAAAGAAGGCGAAGUGA